CUUUCACGCUUUGCGCCGAAGGCUUACAAAUUGGACCUCAAAAGUUCCAUGGAUGAUCAAUGUGUAUCGCCACGCGUCUGAAAGGCAAGAAAAAAAUGCGCAAAUGCCUUGUUCCAGCGCUGGUGUGCGCAACACUAGCCUCGGCAGCCUGGGGGCGCCCGCGCCGGCGCCGCCCGUGGGCGCAAGCGUUCGACCGCCUGCAGCCGAACCGCACGGUGCCCCUGGCGGACCGCUGGCCGCGUCCGCCACCGCCGCCGCCGACGCCGGCGCAGCUCGAGAUCAUGAACCAGAAGCGGAAGUGGGUCGCCGGCGCGGACGCGGCGUACGCAAAGGACGCGCGCGAGCACGACGGCGAGCGCGAGCGCGCGGCCCAGGCGAAGGCGGCGUCCACGCAACGCACGGUGAUUAGCGUCAUGGACCACGGCGCCAAGGGCGACGGCGUCGCGGACGACAAGGCCGCGUUCGAGGCCGCCGUCGCCGCGGCGCGCGGCGUGAAAAGGGCUGUCGUGCUCCUGCCCGCGGGGCAUACCUUUUUGCUGUCGCCAAUAGCGCUGGUCGAGGAGAGCGAGCUGGAGAUCCGCAUCGACGGCACGGUGCGGGCGCCCGUGAUGGAGCGCUGGCCCCGGCCGCCGCAGGAGGACGCGUCGUUGUCGGCGGAGCGCCAGCGUAUGCGGUACGCGUUCCUCGAGCUGCGGUACUGCCGGUCCCUCGUCAUAUCGGGCUCCGGCGCGAUCGAGGGCCGCGGCCAGCCGUGGUGGCGGCGCCGCAAACGGAGGCCCGAGAUACGAGCGCCGGCGCUGCUCGUGAUUCGGGAAUCGAGCGACUGCGUCGUCCGCUACCUGUCCCUCGUCGAGUCGCCGUUUUACCACGUGGUCGUGCUGGACUCGGAGCGCAUCAAGCUGGACCGCCUCCGCGUCGCGACGCCGUCGGGAUCCGUGAACACGGACGGUAUUGAUGUGUUGGCCUCGUCCGACGUCACCAUCAGCAAGUGCCACGUCUCGACGGGAGACGACAACGUGGCCAUCAAGGAGGGCUCGCGGCGCGUCCAGGUGCUGGGGGGCCUCUUCCACAAGGGCCACGGGCUAUCGAUUGGAAGCCUCGGCGAACGCCACACGGAGCAGUCCGUCGAGGAUGUUUUAUUAGCGAACGUCCGCUUCUAUCGGACGUCGAACGCGGCCCGCGUGAAGACGUGGCAGGGCGGCCGCGGCCACGUGCGCAACGUCACGUUUUCGAACCUCGACGUGCGCGCCGUGGGCCAGCCGUUGGUCGUGGACCAGUUCUACUGCCCCGCGAGCCAGCACCGCGGCACGUGCGCGAACGAGACGGACGCCGUCGCGGUGUCGGACGUGACCGUGUCGGGCCUCACGGGCUGGCACACGUCCGGCGUCGCCGCGAUGCUCCACUGCUCGCAGUCCAGGCCCUGCGGCGUCGUCGCGACGGGGAUAGAUGUGAGGAGCGUGCCCGGCUGCUCGAACGUCGUCCGGUGCCUGAACGUCGCGUCCCGUCCCGGCGCCGCCUGCGCCGACGGCGACAACAUGCACGGCUACCGUCUGGACCUGUCGCGGCGCCAGCGGCGCGCGCUGGCGCGCAACGGGACGUCGUGCGUCCAUCCCCCCUAGGUUCUGUGUGACUAAUUCUGUAGGAAAUUUAUAGGACAAGGGAACAAAGCCAACC